AUGGGAAGGACAGUCGUGCUUAUAACACCGAAAAUCGAGCAGGCGGAAGGAAUGCUGGCUGAGUUCGUCAGUGCUCGUGGAAAGAUCUGCUUGAGACGAAACUUAACGAAGACGAUGUUCAUGAAAAACGGUUUGGUCGGGAAGUGGAAAUCGAAGAUUAGGUGGGCCGGACACGUUAGGCGAUAUAGUGAUGACCGUUGGACCAGGGAAAUUGCUGACUGGUUCCUUCGGGACAUCAAACGAGCUUCAGGACGGCCGCCAACGAGAUGGUCGAACUUCUUCACGAAUGCUCUGAAAGAAAGGAAUAUUGGACCUCGUGUCCCUGAAGCAAGAACAAUUCACUGGACCGCUCUGGCUCGUGACAGGAACGAAUGGAGACGUUACUGGCGUAUGCUUGAGGAAACUAACGAACAUCGGGACGACAGGUGA